AUGUCGUUUUGCCACGUCACAGUGCUUAUCGAGACUACAUUUUUAGAUAUAUGCAUGAGUUUCAGUAGAUAUAAUUUCAGGUGUGAUCUAGUAACUCGGCAUUACCUCAGCAGCCACCGAUCAGUUGCCUUUUCCCCCGAUAACACCUUCAGAUCAUGUAGAAAUCCUCACUCAUUUGAUGUGGACGAUGUCAGAUUUCUUGGAACUUAUGGUACGAACAUCAAUGACCUUGACAAGUACUCAGAGGCUAAAAGCAAGCUUGAUUUUGCUAAAAGAACACAGAGGUGGAGACAUCUUGCUCCCACUGCACUUAAUACACUCUCUGAGAAUUCACCUUUCCCUUUGCAAAAUAUACAUUUCGAACAAAGUCAGGCCAUGUACCUGUAA